CCCAUCCGAUUUGACUCAACUCCAUCGAGAAAGUGGCCUGCCCCGCAAUUGGGAAUUGAAACUCAAAAUUGUUGUCCAGACAUACACAGUAGUAGUACGACUAUAAUAAACACUCCAGCACCGGGAGUCAACGUCGUUCAAGCUGUUCCCCCUCCGGUUUGCUCGUCCCGCUCUUCGCAGCGUCUUCUCGCGACAGUUCGUCUCGCCGACUUCCAUCUCGCUGUCCAACUCGCGCAUCAUGGCCGCCCUCGACACCUACAAGUACACUCCCGCCGAGGAGAAGGAGGUCCAGCAAUGGAUCCAGAAGGCCGACACCAUCAAGGCCUCGGACGAUAAGCAGUCCGUUCUGGACGCCCUCAACGCCGACCUCGCGACCCGCACAACCGUCCUCGGCACCAAGCCCUCCAAGGCUGACAUUGCCAUCUACGAGGCCGUCGCUCCCCUCGUCAAGGCUUGGUCCCCCGAGGAGCGCACCGGCCAGCAGGGCCGCCCCAACAUUGUGCGCCUCGUCGACUUUGUCCAGAACAGCCCUCUCUUCGGCCUUAACGUUGCCGACGCCGACAAGAUCGCUAUUGAUGCCGACGAGAUCCUCUACGUCAAGCCUCCCGUCGACGCCAAGGCUGAGAAGGAGCGCCUGAAGAAGGAGAAGGCCGCCGCUGCUGCCGCCGCCGCCCAGGGCGCUGCCUCUGCCGUUCAGGGCGCUGCCGCCACUGUUGUCGACCGGACCAAGGAGGCUGUUGCCGCCGUUGUCGAGAAGGCCGUCGAGGUCAAGGACCAGGUCGUCCAGGCCGCCACCGACGCCGCCCCCGCCGCCGCCGCUCCCAAGAAGGAGAAGAAGGAGAAGAAGGUCAACGAGAACCGCCGCCCCAAGGCCACUCCUCCUCCCCCCGCGCCCCUCUCCCCCGGUCUUAUCGACCUCCGCGUCGGCCACAUCCUCAAGGCCAUCAAGCACCCCGAAGCCGACUCGCUCUUCGUCUCUACUAUCGCCGUCGGCGAUGCGCCCGGUACCGAGGACACCGCCGAGUACGAGGGCCAGGUGUGCCGCACCGUUUGCUCCGGCCUCAACGGGCUCGUCCCUCUCGAGGAGAUGCAGGGCCGCAAGGUCGUUGUCGUUUGCAACCUCAAGCCCGUCAAGAUGCGUGGCAUCAAGUCGUGCGCCAUGGUGCUCGCUGCCUCGCCCAAGCCCCAGGAGGGCGUCGAGGACGACCACAAGGGCCCCGUCGAGCUCGUCAACCCUCCCGCUGACGCCAAGGCCGGCGAGAAGGUCUACUUUGAGGGCUUCAACGCUGAGCCCGAGAAGGUGCUCAACCCCAAGAAGAAGAUCUGGGAAACGUUCCAGCCUGGCUUCACCACCACCGGUGCCCUUGAGGUGGCCUUUGAUGUCGAUGUGUGCAAGGAUGUUAAGGAUUUGGAGGGCAAGAGCGGCAUUGCUAAGCUGGUGACCGCCAGCGGUGGUGUCUGCACUGUUCCUACCUUGGCUGGUGCCCAGGUUAGGUAAAAGUUGUUAUGAGGCGAUUUAAAAUAAAAUAAAAAUAAAAAUAGCUUCUGAUGAGAGAAUCGAAUGAAUGAAAAGUUCCAGGCAUAAAGUUUUCUUUUUUAUCUUUCACCUUUCCAUCUGAAAACUUGGUCCUCAUCGCACCCUUUAACAUAACAAGCUGUCUCCAGCAUUGUAACAUCUACGGGCUCCCGAGAGCCAGAUCUCAGCUAAUCAACUAGGUGCGGGUUGAGCAUUCCAGGAAAAAGGUUCUGGGAUCUGGAGAGAUGUAAAUAAUGACAUACAAAUUUAUCUUGCGCUAUAGCAUCAACACCAAAAGAAAAAUCCACCAACAAAUAAA